AUGAAUAACCCCGACGGCGACGACGAUUACGUGUUGGAGAGCAAGCUCAACAAGAUCCGGGUCCACCGGACACUGGGGCUUGCCAAUCAGAAACAGUUGGCGCUCAUUUUGGACGCCGUCGACGAGAACAUCGACGAGCAGAAAGGCGACAAAAACGCCGUGGGGUACUUCGUCAGCUUCUUGCUGGUGUUGGGCCAAGCCGUCGACGAUGAACGCAUUGUUGACCAGCUGUUAGCAGCGCUGGCGGCCUACUUUUUGGACUUAGUGUUGCCCCACACUCCUCCUACUUUGCUUAAAGCCAAGUUCCAAGAGAUCCUUAUUAAGUUGGCCCCGGCUCUUUCCAACCCUGAUGCCGAAGCUCCCUUAGUGAGACUGGUCCUCGGUGCGUUGGAAUCUUUACUUUUAGCUCAAGACCACAAGCAGUGGACGGCGACGCUGGCACUGACGCUGCCGAAGCGUGCCUUGGUUGGUCUCUUGGAAAUGCUGUUUGACCCGCGUCCCAAAGUGCGUAAGCGGGCCCAGGAAGCAGUGCACAAAGUGCUUACCAACCCGCCGCCGCUGCCGCUGCCAGUACACGUGGCUGCCCCCGUGGCCUGUGACAUUGCCCUUACUAAGUUAGCGCAAUUAUUGGCGGAAACUAAGAACCAUAAGGGUGGUCUGAAAGAGCUCAACGCUCAGCUUAUCCACUGUCUCCAGCUCAUUGCCAGCAUUACUGGCGCCAACGCGUGGCCGCUGACAAAAGUGCCUGAGCUUUGCGAUGUGCUCUUAGAGAUCCUGAAGACGCUGGACCAAUACCUUGUGCUGGCGGCAUUCUCGGCUUUUGAAGGGUUAUUCCAACUGAUGACCUCUGACGUCGAUGUUGAUAAGUUGACGACUCUGUUAGACGUCAUCUUUGACCUCAAACCUCAAGUGAACGACUACCACUUGGCGGCGCUGUGGUUGGCCGUCGUGGCUAAGGCGUUGCAGUCUUACGCUCAGUUAGCUCCCGAACAGUGUGUGGCUAAGCUCCCCAAAUUGUUACCGGUGGUGUCGAAGUUCUUGGAGGCCGACCGGGCUGAUGUCUACACGCUGGCGGCUCAAUGUAUGAUUGCCAUCAUUACUCAGACGAUCCCCGACGCUUGGUUAUUGGAACCGAUGACUGAGCUCACUGAAGAGACCAUCACUUUCAUUGCUGAACACCUCCACCUGCUCUUAGACGUGCGCUACCAACACGCGUUCAAGGAUGUGCUUGAAGUGGUCACCGCUACUCUUUUGAAGCUUAGAAUGCGGGCUAACCCUGACUUCUUGGAUAUUGUUGAAGUGGUGGGUCUGUGGAGAACUAACGAAGCCGAAGACUUCCCCUAUAAUAAGGAAGCUGAAGACGUCAUUGCCGCUGCCAUCAGCCAGAUUGGUCCUCAAGCCGUUCUCUCGGUUCUCCCCUUGAACUUGACCGGCAACGCUAAGGGCCCGGGGAGAGCGUGGAUGUUGCCUAUCCUCAGAGACAAUGUGCGUGCCGCUGACUUGGGCUUCUACAUUAAGGAUAUCAUGCCCGUGGUGCCGUUCUUCGAAGAAAAAGCUCAACAAUCGCAAAAGCACGCUCAAAUCUUUAAGACCAUCAUCGACCAAGUGUGGUCGCUUUUACCCCACUUUUGCGACUUGCCCAUGGACUUGCAAUCACUGUUCACCGCCGAUUUCGCCCUGAGCCUCGCCGAGACGAUGUACGCUAAGGUGGACUUGAGAGUGUUCAUUUGCCACGCUCUCCGGAUGCUUGUUGAACUGAACCGGGCUUAUGCUGACGGUGCCUUAGCUGAUGACCCCUUGAUGUUGCAACAGUUCCCUCAAGCCGAAGCUGAGGCUAACGUUACUUACUUGGCGCAAAUGGCGCUGAACUUGUUGCUGGUGUUGUUCAAUGUGUUCGCUCUGACUGCCCCUGAAGCCCGUGGGUUUGUUCUCGAAACUAUUGACGCCUACUUAGCUAUCAUCCCCAAGCAAGAACUCGAACUGACUUUCGACACCGUGUGUGGUAUGCUCAAGCAAGCGAUGGACGACAACGACGAAAAAUUGGCGCUCACGAUGAUGGACUUGGUGGUGGCGCUGGCACGGUACGUGCCCCUGCUGAGCCACGGGGCGUUGUUUGCCAUCUUCACCUCCACCGUCAAUUUGCCGGCGGCGCCGAUGCAGAAGCGGGCCAACCGUAUUUUGACCAAGCUCGGCGAGACCGAUGACGGCAAGCAGGCGAUCUUGCUGUUCAUCGGCGACAUCGAACGGGUGCUUGUCGAGCUGCAAGCGCAAGCGCAAGCGGCGUCGCGGGCGGCUCGGUUGGCAGCGGUGCUGGUGGUGGUGCAAUUGCUUCCCGCCACUGAGCUCUGGUUCAUCCCGGCGAUGUUGCAAGAGGUGAUUAUGAGCACUAAGGACGUCAACGAAAAGAGUAGAGAGUUGGCGUUCCUGAUCCUCGUGGCCAUGGCUCGCAAGUGUGAAGAGUUCAACGGGACUGAAAUUGAUAACACUAAGGUGUUGGGUGAAGGCGCUGAGCCCACUACUGCCUCUAUCCAAGAAUACUUGACGAUGGUGAGUGCUGGUUUGGCGGCGCAAAACGCGCUGAUGAUCCUGGCCACCAUCACCGCGUUGUCGUGCCUUGUGUUUGAAUUCAAGGAUGAUUUGCCCACCGAGACGUUGGUGGAAAUCUCGUCGACGAUCGAAUUGUUCUUGACUCACAACUCGCGGGAAAUCGCCAAGCUGGCCAUCGGCUUCGUUAAGGUGGAAGUGUUGUCGCUCCCUGAAGAUAUGGUGCGGGCCAACCUCCACGAGCUCUUGCUGAAGCUCAUGAGAUGGUCGCACGAACACAGCGGCCACUUCAAGCUGAAGGUUAAGCACAUCAUUGAAAGACUUAUUCGUAAGUUUGGUGUGGAAGCUGUGGAACAGGCCAUCCCCGAAGAAGACCGUAAACUUGUGGCUAACAUCAAGAAGCUGAGAGCCCGGGCUAAGCGGAAGGAAGCUGCCGAAACCGAGGCCACCGCUGCUGGUACCAAGAAGUUCGUGUCGGCCUACGAAGAAGCGUUGUACGACUCCGAAGAACUGGAGGCUGAGGACGACGGCGAAGACGAAAACGACAAGCUCCGUCGUGGUACUAAAUACAUCAUGGAAACCGGCGACGAGCCGUUGGAUUUGUUGGACCGUCUGGCCAUCGCGCAAAUCUCGCUGUCCAAGCCUAAGCUGGCGAAGCGGGAAAUCAAGGCCAAGACGAAGGAGUUUAAGAGCAAGAACGGGCGGUUGGUGUUCUCUGAGGAAACCGGUGCCGGUGGCGCUAGCGACCCGUUGGCGGCGCUGGGUCUGGGCAUUGAUGCCUACUUGGACGCUGUAAAGCAGGCGCCGGUAAGAGGGCAAAAGAACAAGCUCAAGUGGAAGAAGGGUGGCGACGAAGAAGUCGACUGGAACGAUGACCCCGCUCCUAAGGUGGCGGCGAAGACCAAAACUAACAAGAUUGGUAAGCCCCAACAGAAGAAGCAGAAGUUUAAGGCGAGAAAGAAGUUGUAA